AGACUGCCACGGCUACUAUCAACGGGGAUUCAUGAAGUCUGAUGUAUACGUCAUCCACCCUAACCUGGUGACGCAAUCAGUUCGUGCGUUCUGCGUCAUGGAAAUGUGGGAGCCGGAAGUAAGCAACGACCCACCUUCUGCAUUGAACAUUGCACGAGGUGACGUCACGCAAAGGCAAGGGCGUAGCAGCAACAAGGACGAUGACGAGCGAUCCAACAGAGACGACAACGACGAUGAAGAUGACGAGGAUGGCAACAACAAAGAAAGAGGUGCUGGUGUGGGCAGAGGCAGCAGGAGAGACUACGCCGCCGAGGUAUUCGCCUACGACCAAAGCUACGUCGGCGGCUGGACCGUAAUACAGCGGCGCGACGCGGGGCGCGUCAACUUCACGCGCUCGUUCGCGGAAUACGAACGCGGGUUCGGAGACCCUGCAGGCGAGCACUGGCUCGGAAACGAAGUCAUUCACCUUCUCACCCUCCAGGAUGACUGCGAGCUGCGUGUGCUCAUGCGUGACGUGUUCUCCGGCGUCUGGGAGGCGCGUUACUCCAAGUUCAAGGUCGCCUCAAAGGCGGAUAACUACCGGCUGCACGUGGGCGGUUACCAUGGCAACGCCAGCGACGGUCUGAGCUACUCGGACAAAAUGGCGUUCAGCGCCGUGGACGCUGAUAACGACGCCAGUUCGUCGCACUGCGCGCUGUAUAACGGCGGCGCUUGGUGGUACAGCCACUGUCAUGUGAGCAAUCUCAACGGACCCUUCGAUGUCGGGAUGGUGUGGUUUAACCGCGCCUGGCAGGAUUGGCUGCAGAUGAAGACAACGGUUAUGAUGAUCCGGCCCCGUCACCACAGCCUGGACGCUUUCAGUGUACCCGAACCAGCGGAAACUUGAGAAGCAGCGACUUUACAGGUGUAGCCGUUACGCGCUUUGUUGUCGCUAGCUAAAGACGCGAGUUCCAUUUCAGAAGUGGGAAGAAUGUUUUAUCGAGCACAGGUGUCUCUGUCUGUUCUGUCUGCUGGGACAUUUUAUCGCCCUCAGCUCGCGUUGGCCAUGACAGGCAGGGUCGAAGCAUCUCGCCCCCUAAAUGUUCUUAAUUAAUGGUGUCGAUGUGGGUGUAUUAAAACAAAAGAUUAUUUGAGCUACUUUGUAUUAGAUUAUUCUUUAGAAACUUGUAAGACAUUUCCACUCUGACCCCACAAGGAACAGAUGUUACUGUCUAUCCAUUCUUUAUCGCAAGUUUGUGGGCUGGUUCGUUCAACUUUGGUUUCGAACCGGAUCACUCAGAAAACGUUUGUCUCUGACUUCACACCCCUACCAUCCAGGAAACGAGCUUAUAAAUAUAGCAGACUGGAAGUGAAGUCCGGCCGGGUUGUUUCGCAACCUGCAAUGACUUAACACACGUGUAAAGUGCAACGUUCAAAUUCUCUUGCUUCAACAUACUUCUGGAGAAGUGACUUCGUGGGAACCUAAAGAGGACGCCAUUAUUCAACUUUAUCACGCCAUUCUUGCCCUGUGUACUAGGGUUACUUCCUCUUAGUUCUUUCUAUUGGAAAAAGAUACUGAAAAUAUGUCAUAAUAAUAUAAGAACGGUAAGAAGUUGGAUGAGAUCGUUGUGAUUUUCGAACAAUGGGAGAUGGUUGAUAUCAACUGUUUUAAUGGAGGAUUCAAAGAAGUGUGCUCAAGAACACAUAAAACAAUUUGAAUGAAUAGAAGUGUACCACGGUGUUUGUUCAGGAAAAGAGAGGCAUUGGGUAGAGUAAGAGAAGGUGUACAGAGUGACAGAAGAGAUGAAGCCUCUUUGCCUCCACCCCUCUCCCCCCCUUCCACAAGAAGAUUUGGUGACUUUAAAAAGUGUUAUAACUUUCUGUCUCCCAGAGGCAGUUGUACCUUGAAGGAGUACCCGAUCAAACUGAUUUUCGUUUACGACUACGAGCAUUUAUAAUAUAAUAAUAUUUCAUAUGUCUACUGGAAUAUACGUUGAGGCAGAGCGAACUAUUGCCGUCAUCCCCUGCACACACACAAACACACACACACACACACACACUCACACACACACACACACACACACACACAC